CCCGAGACGGGAGAUGGAUGCUGAUCAAGCAUUGAGUGGUGCUUCCAGGCCUCAACAGAGCUUGGGGUUCCCUCCCCCGCAGCGCAGCGAACCCUUGCCAUGUCCUCGUUGCGACUCCACAGCUACCAAGUUCUGCUACUACAACAACUACAACCUUUCCCAGCCGCGUUACUUGUGCAAGUCUUGCCGUCGCUACUGGACCCACGGCGGCACACUCCGCAACGUUCCCGUCGGCGGUGCCACUCGCAAGAUUUCUAAGAAGCCGCGCGCUCCCUCUUCUUCUUGCACUGUACCAUCCCCCACCACUGCCCGCGGAACAUCGACGGCCUGUCCUUCGUUUGGAUUAACUGGGUUUUCAUACGAGUUUGUUCGUGGACAGACUGGGGCUUUUCCCGAGUUCCCUGCUCCCCACUCUGACUAUAGCGCAUGGCAUGAACUUACUCUGCUCCGCCAUCCUCCCAAUAGCCUCAACUAGUACCCUAUCCCCUCAUCUUUCUCGCACCCACCCACAUAGACUCACCACCAAUACCCUUUUUUUUUUUUAAUAAAUAUUUAUGCUUGUUUGCUAGCUGUGCAAGUAUGUUUUGGUGCCUCCCUGCUUCGUCCAUCACAUGCCGCAGCAGCUGCACCUUGGAAAGUAUCUAUGUUGAAUAUGUUUACUUCAAUGAUAUUCUGUAUAUGUAUUUCGGCCUUCCCUUUUUUCUGUUUGGAAAAUGAAACUAGAUGAUUGAGUAGCCGCUACUGUGGUCCUCCACCGGAUGUGUGACCCCACAUCAAUGAUUUGACUGGUCGACAUGUUAAUCAGAUGGGCAUAGCUCGGGAUUGCAUGCUGCUUCUCGAGUGCGAUCUCUUAUUAACUACCUCAAUGAUGUCGUUUAUCGCGCUAACAGCCCAAUGAUGUAUUA